GUUUAUUUGGUCUUUCUUUCAAAUUUCAGACAUUCAAAUAAUGAAGAUCAACCAGACAAUCCUGAAGGAAUUCAUUCUUCUUGGCUUUUCUGUUUACCCACAUGUACAGACAUUCCUCUUUGUGGUCUUCUUUUGUCUCUACUUUCUCACCAUUGCAGGUAAUCUGGCCAUCCUGGGUCUAACUUGGGUGGACAGAUCUCUCCACACCCCUAUGUAUCUCUUCCUUAGUGCACUCUCCUUCUCUGAGACCUGCUACACUUUGACUGUCAUCCCCAGGAUGCUGGAAGAUCUACUUGCCAAUAACAGAAGUAUUUCAGUCACAGGUUGUGGCUUGCAGAUGUGUUUCUUCUUGGGACUUGGUGGCACAAAUUGCAUCAUCCUUACUUUGAUGGGGUAUGACCGCUUCCUGGCCAUCUGCAACCCUCUCAGAUAUCCACUGCUUAUAACCAAUAUUGUAUGUGGACAACUUGUGGCCUCUGCCUGGGUUGGAGGCUUCUUUAUCUCUUUGAUAGAAACUGCACUGAUAUUCAGGGGCUCUUUCUGCAAACCCGACCUUGUCAAACACUUCUUCUGCCAUAUGAGAGCAGUUGUGAGACUGUCCUGUAUAGAUAGUGACCUCACAGAAUUCACUGUGACACUGAUUUCAGUGUCAGGCUUGCUGGGGACCUUUAUGCUCAUCAUCCUGACUUACAUUUUCAUUCUUUCCACUGUCCUCAGGAUCCCCUCAGCUGAGGGAAAGCAGAAGGCAUUUUCCACCUGUGCUUCCCACCUCAUGGUAGUCAUCAUCCACUUUAGUUUUGCAUCUAUUGUUUACUUGAAGCCAGAAGCCUCAGGGGGAGAUGACACACUCAUAGCAGUCCCAUACACUGUCAUAACCCCUUUCCUCAGCCCCAUCAUAUUCACUCUCAGGAACAAGGACAUGAAGAAUGCUUUUAGAAAGAUGAUGGAAAAGACAGUCACAUUGAAAAACUUCUGCUGCUUUAAAGCAUAG